UUCAGUUAACCUAACAAUAUCACUAAUUUCAUAAUGAUCUUUUUCAUAGAUUUUAUUCUAAUUUUUUGAAAUCAGCAUUACAACAGAUUAUGAUUUAAUGCCUUUUAUUCUCUUUGUGGCAAAAAAAAAUGUUGCAAACAGUAUUAGUGUCGCGAAAACUUUGUUGCCGCGCCAUUUGUUGCAAAUUGAGGCAAAUAUCAACCGGAACAGUAUAUAGCAUAAGAAAUGAAAUUUCAGUAAACAUUUUUGAUAGGAACACAAAAACUUUACAGAGGAAGCGGGCAGCUUCGGCUGACGAUGUUAAUUUAUAUGAUUAUCUUAAAGAUGAAAUUGGUUUUCGCCUGGCGGAUAGACUUUUUGAUAUUAAAAGAAAGUUUAAAUUGGCCGCUGAUAUAGGAUGCAACAGGGGUUAUGUUGCAAAACAUAUUUCCCCAGACUCGAUAGAAGAACUAAUACUCUGCGAUGUAAGCAAAAGAAAUCUAAAUUCAGUAAAGGUUCAGGAGGGAAUCAAAGUAAGGAAGCAGGUAUUAGAUGAAGAAAACAUAGAAUUUGAAUCUAACUCUCUAGACUUAGCAAUCUCAUGUCUAAGCUUACAUUGGGUAAAUGAUCUGCCAAAUGCUUUCAAAAAAAUUCUCCUUAGUUUAAAAGAGGACGGAGUAUUUUUGGCAGCAGUGUUUGGAGGAGAUACUCUAUAUGAGUUGAGAUCUUCCUUGCAAUUAGCUGAACUUGAAAGAAAAGGUGGUAUAUCACCACACAUUUCACCCUUUACAGAAGUAAGGGAUAUUGGAAGCUUAUUAACAAAUGCUGGAUUUAGUAUGCUGACGAUUGAUACUGACGAAAUUGUGGUGAACUACCCGACAAUGUUCGAGUUAAUGUGGGAUUUAAAGGGUAUGGCUGAAAACAAUGCAGCAUUGAAUCGGUCCCUGCAUCUAAGCCGGGAAAUACAAUUUGCUGCAGCCUCAAUUUAUCAACAGCUUUAUGGAAAAUGUGACUCGGAGACAGGGGAAAAUAGUGUGCCAGCAACAUUUCAAAUUAUUAACAUGUUAGGGUGGAAACCACAUCCCAGUCAACCAAAACCGAUACAGAGAGGUACUGGCGAAGUAUCUUUAAAAGAGCUGUAUAAACUGGACGAAAUAAUUAAAGACGUCAAAAAAAUUAAAGAUGAAUCUUGAAGCCAUGUUGUUUUUGUUGAAGGUAUUGUUAG